GACCAAUCAGGAAUUUUUACCUGGAGCAGUGAAAAGUCAACUUACCUGUUCCGUCCAAUUUUGUCACCUACUGCUUAUUAAUAUCACAAAGAGCGAGAAUAUGUAAGGAACGAAAAAAUAUGGAUGUUUUUAUUUUACGCCUUUCGGUCUUUCUGCUGCUGACUUGGAAUGCAUGUCUAGGUUUACCAGACAAAGACAAUCCAAUACCAGGUUAUGUAGUUCUUCAUCCUCCAAACAAUUUAAGCACUUUUUACAUUGGAGAUGGGGAUGUUUAUUUCUAUUGGAACCCUCCCCAGAAUUAUCCCACCCACCAGCCAGAAAACCUUACAAAGAAUCAGGUGUACAACAUCCGCAACAAAGACAACAUUCACUUCUCUGAUUCAGGUUCAUGGAUCGAAAAAGGAAGUGAAACAGAAAGGGAGCAAGAUUGGAUUUUUAAAUUGUUUUCUUUUUCUGGGAUUUCUGCUCAAGAUCAUGAAAGUGAAUUAAAAAGCUCACAGAAAGUAGAGAAGACAAAUCAAUCACUCACUGACCAUAUUGAUCAAGCAAAUUUAACUACUGAGCAGGUGGAAAAAUACAAGCAAUAUCUAAAGAGCAAAAAUAUAUCACAUAUUCCCGACUGGUUCCAGAAAACUACAGUUCCCAAGGAGCAUGCUGGGAUAUUAUGGUAUACCAUUUUUUGGCAAGAAAUGGAUAAUGGAACAGAAAUCGGUGAGGAACAGAAUUACACUGUGAAACCAGAUAAACUGGCCUACCACAUCAAGGGCCUGAGAGCAGAGACAGACUACAGAAUCUAUGUCCAGGUCCUGUACUACUCCUUCACUGCCCUCAAAAGCGAGGAGCUCUCCAUCAAAACCAACAAGAACUACUCCCUGAUUCAUACAGAGGAUAUGAAGAAUAUAUAUGAAUAUUGUCGCUGUGAUAAAAUGGGAACUAAGUCGGCACUUCUGAGUGUAAGACACACCAUUUUCGGAACCCUGACCCUGUCCCUUUGUGAUUGUAAGGAGGGCUACUCAGGGAUGUACUGUCAGAUCUGUAGACCUGGAUAUUACCGCCUGGCUCCCAACUUGCCCUGCUUCAGGUGCCCAUGUGAUGCAAAAAGGAGUGACGGAAAUUGUCAUUUCGAGGAGGGGUACCUGUUUUGUGACACUUGUAAGGAGGGAUAUGGGGGCAAUCUGUGUCAGGCCUGUGCUGCAGGUUACUAUAGGCCUCAUAUGAGCACAAGAUGUACCCAGUGCAACUGCCACGGAAAUGCACAGUUCUGUCAAGAUAGCACAGGAGAAUGCAUUGGCUGUAUGAGCCACACAGCAGGGUUCAAUUGUAACAGGUGUGCUCAUGGGUAUGUCGGUAAUGCUCAGGGUCAUAAACAUCCAAAGUGUGUAGAUCCAUCAAAACUUCGAAUGCAAGCGGAGAAGAGUUCCCUGAGUUCUGGAGUGAUUGCAGGAAUAUGUGUAGGUGUCAUCAUCUUCAUCGGAAUCAUCGCUGGAAUCAUCAUCUACAAGCGAUGCUGGAACUACCCAGCAGCCCGGCCGUUCUGGACCGUGGAGCUUAAAGAUGAUCAUGAAGGCAUCAACUUCAGCAGUAUACCUGAAGACGAGCUGGUGGCCAUCACAGCUCGAGAGGAGGAGGAGUUUUACCGAGGCCAGAGUGGGAGGACAAGUAAAUCACGCUCACAGCCGUACUCACAACUCCGAGAAGACAUCUGAUUACCUCAGAGGACAAAUAGAGGACCUCAAAUUAUAUUACCUUAGAGGAUAUCACACAUUCCAAGAACAACAUGCAAGAGAAUUCAGUGGUUGUAGACAAGAAAAACUUACUCUUAUCUAACUUUCUGAUGUAGUUAGUUCAAUGAACUUAUCAAAGGUGGCUUGCAUGUAUUUGUUUGGCAGAUAUUUAAGGACAUAGUUUAAUGCAUUGUCAAGCUGCAAGCUUUUAUAUAUUUUUCACCUGAAUAUAUGACCACUUUAUAUAUACUUUUAUGUUAAAAAUGUUAUAGUUGUAGAGUCAGUAAUACCUGAUUUUAUAAAUGUUGUGACUUAGCCUUUUAACGCUUUGCUUUUUAAGAAACAUCUGACAAUUAGUAUAGAAGAAGAUAUUCUAGCUAUCAGUAGUUUAUUAGAAUUGUUUGCUAAUACUACCUUCAGGAGUGUGCCUUUACACUGUUGUGAGUUCAAGUAGAUCUGGUUUUUAGUUAAAAUCUGAUAAAAAUAAAAAUCAUUGGGAGUGUUAGUAACAGAUGUAAAUUGCAUUAUAUUCAUCAGGUACUGAGGUUAAAAUUUUAAAAAUAACAUAUAACUUAACUUCCUAGCAUUGAUUUGAAUUUUCUAUGAGAAAACAUAAAUUAAUUAAUUCUUGUAUUCUUUACUGGACAAAUGAGAUAAAGUAUCGUUGAUGCAUUAUAAUUUUUUAAAGUUAUCUCUCUUAACAAAGGACCCAGUGUUAGAAGUUUUGUUUGAGAGAUAAAAUCAAACAAUGAUGAGGUUUAAAUGUAUUUUUGUAUCACUAUGGUAACCGCGGUACGAGGGAUACUAUACCUUUGCAUGUCUAUAACCCAUGGAUAUAUUCAUAUAUUUUAGAAAAUUUACAGGGUAUCUGUAGCUAAGAACAGAGUACAUGAAAGUGCUUGUUUGAUGCAAUUAUUUUUUCAUGUUCUUGAAAUUGUUUGGAUUUUUUUUUAAUUUUCCAGUUAUAUACAUGUACAUGUAUAAGUGGUCACAUGCAGUUUCAGAUUGUACAGUCUAGUCAGUUGUCCUUUUGUCUCAUGUCGGUGCAAAUUUUUUAAAGCUCACUAAGUUAUGACACAGAUUUCUAUAGAAAAAUAUUAGGACAAUGUUUUUUAAAAAUAUUUUUAAAAAUGACACAAACUUCUGACAAGUGAAUAAAAUGUACAGUUAAAUUAUGUCAGGCUUCCUGAGUUCUUCCAAUCAUAAGAUGGCAUUUAAGAUGGAAAGGGUGGGUGUUAGUCUGUGAUAGUAUAUAAUUCUGGAUGGUUGCUCUCUUCAUAUAAAUCAAAAGAUGUUUAGUAGAAUUAUUGACGUCUGUUCUGAUUUUUUUUUUUAAUGUAAAUGGGGACCAAUAUAUGAUAGGGCAAUUUUAUUGAUUUAUUUAUGAUUAUUUUUCCAAGUUUACUUAUAAUUGUUGUACUUUUUACAUGAAAAUUUGUAUUCUUUUUAAUUCGUCUUUUUUAAUAUGCAUAUUUUUUUCAUAUAGAAAAGUAUCACAGGCACAGGCAUAUGGACCUUAUAACAUACAUGUGGGUUUUUUUAUCUUGAAAAAAAAAAAUCAUCAUUAACUUUUUUAAGUAGAACCUUUAAAAUAAUGUUCUUGAAUAUUACAACAACAAAUAAAUCACAUGAAAACUCAGAUAUCUUUCAAAUUAUACCCCAGAUCGCUUUUCUCUUGCCAUACACACAUGACAUUUACUAAAUAG